AUCCGUCGUGGCACCACCUGACUUUCCCCCAAAAACAUUUUGUCUCUGCAAUUCCCCCUUUCAACGGUCAUAUUUCACCGACAUCUUAACGGUCACAUUUCUCACCCAUUUCCCACCGUGGAUCUCAUCCAACGCCCCAAAACCCGCCCUCUUUUCACUUUAAUUCAAGGUAAAAACAACCACGCCCGCUUUGUAGAAUAGUUCAGUAUAUAAAAGCUCAGUUGCGUUUGCCUUUAUGGCUUUUUGGGUAGUGGGGUUUUCAUAAACGACUGAUUUCUGCCAAGAGAUGAUGACCGUUUUGUUUGUUUUCAUGCAUGCUUGAUUGAAUUUAUGACUUCCUGAAAAUUGCGGGGUUUCUUUUGGGGGGCGGGUUGAAUUGAAAUUAGCAUGGGCGGUUGGAAGGCCGUGUUUGGGAGUAUUGAUAAUCAUUCGUUUUCUGUGUUUCUCAGCUGCAAAAUUGGUUGGAGAUGCGAAUGUUGCAUUGCUGCUUUCUUGCUUCGUUUGAUGGAAAAUCGCGUUUCUUGCGAAUGAGUUUUCAGCUUUGAAUGUCGAGGAAUCCGAUUGUCGUUUUUCUUUUCUUUUCCUAGAUAGGUUUUGAAUGUUGAUGCAUUGAUUUGUUAAAUUCUUUGAUUCUUUGAUUUGGUCGCAUUGUUGUUUUUCUAUUUGUUUAUCAUAAAUUCUUUCGAUUCUUUGCUGCACAUAUCAUAUAAUCAUCUUUCAGCAUUCAUAUAGGACAUUAUAAGGCAUUUAUAAACACACACACACGCACUGAGAGAAAGGAGAGGUUUGUUCGAUUUGUUUAGACAUCGGAUUCCCGUUUUUUUGGUUCUUUCUGGUUUUUUAUUUCCUUGAAACUCACACACACUCACUAUAGCACACAUUGUUCUGUUUCUCUUGAUUUCUCCUCGUAUAAAACAGUUUUCUUGGCAUAAAAUAAAUUAGUAAAUGUAAUUUUUUCUCAUAGUUUGGCAAGUAUAGGAUCAUAGAGAAACAUAGAGAGGAAAUUUCUGACAAAAAGGGUGAGUGUAUUAGGAGUUUAGACAAGGGAGAAAGAAAAAAAGUAAAGGAACAGCAAUAUUUGGAGGUCUUAGUGAGUGAAGAAUGUUGGCUGGUUGUUCUUCUACAUUGUUGUCACCAAGGCAUAGAUUGAGGAGUGAAGCAUCUGCACAGUUUCAAGCUUGUCAUAUCGCUGACAUGAGCACACAGAGGUUGGAUUUGCCAUGUAGCUUCGGGCGCAAAGAGGCGUUGCGGCCGCAGCCAGUUAGGCAGGUUGGGAUUUCAAUUGAUAAGGGUAUUGAGUCCAAGAGUUCUCUGAGGCAGAACAUUAAGCUCCCUCCUGUUGCAACAGAGAGAGGGGAGGAGAUUUGGGGGAGAAGUAAGAAGAGAUAUGCAGCUACAGAUGAAGGGAGUAAUUACAUGGGAACAGUGAAGAAGAGGAAAAGGGGCAAUGGGAAAUCUGUGGAAGAAUCAGGGCAGUUUAUGAGCAGUGAGGAUUUCUGGUUCCAUGCUGGUACACCUCAGGUCCCUUUCUCUCUCUCAUGCUCAGGUGAGGAGAGAGAGGAGAGAGGGUGCUUCGACCCGCCUCCUCUCCCGCCGUUGUCAUGCAUCCCAUGGUUUGAUUCUGUUGUGACUAAGGUUACUGAUUCAGGGAAGUCUAAGGAUGUGCAUCCUCACAAGGAGGUCUCAGCCUCGGGUUCUUCAAGCACUUCCUCGAGUAGUCACAGCCUGGCUCUCGGGUUGGGCAGUGGUAACCCCACGGUUGAGCGUGAGGCUGCUGGCAAUGGCUCGUCUUCGCGCAAUCCAAGCGAGGCCGUGGCGGGGCACAACGGGAGUAGCCAAAGGGAGCAUGAGUGUGUCGAGUUAAUCAACUUAGUUGUGGCUUGUGCUGAGCAAAUAGGCUCCAAGAACAUUGCUGCAGUCAGCCAUUGCCUUGCUAGGCUAGGUGAGCUCGCAUCGCCACGAGGCUCCCCUCUUCACCGCCUCAUCGCCUACUUCACCGAGGCCUUGGCACUGCGCGUCGCAAGGCUAUGGCCUCAAGUGUUCCACAUCACGCCCCCUCGUGAGCUUGAGCACGUUGAUGAUGAUGCGUUGAGGGUGUUGAAUCAAGUCAGCCCGAUCACCAAGUUUGUUCAUUUCACAUGCAACGAGAUCCUGCUGAGGGCGUUGGAAGGGAAGGACAGGGUUCACAUCAUUGAUUUUGACAUCAAGCAAGGGCUACAGUGGCCUAGUUUGUUCCAGAGCUUGGCCUCCAGAGCAAGCCCUCCGAGCCACGUGAGGAUCACAGGCAUUGGUGAGUCGAAGCAGGAGCUGAUGGAGACAGGGGAUAGGCUAGCCGGGUUUGCUGAGGCGUUUAAUCUCCCCUUUCAGUUCCAUCCAGUGGUUGAUAGGCUAGAAGAUGUGAGGCUGUGGAUGCUUCAUGUGAAGGAGAAGGAGACAGUGGUGGCGAACUGUGUAUUUCAGCUGCAUAAGAUGCUAUAUGAAGGCAGCGCGUUGAGGGAGUUUUUGGGGUUGAUCAGAAGCAGCAAUGCUCAAGUGGUUGUAAUGGCAGAGCAGGAAGCAGCACACAAUGAGGCCACUUUGGAUGCGAGGCUUUUCAAUUCACUCAAGUACUACUCGGCCGUGUUUGACUCCAUUGAUUCGAGCCUUCCCUUGGAGAGUCCGGCAAGGAUGAAGAUGGAAGAGAUGUUCGGGCGGGAGAUAAGGAACAUCAUAGGUUGUGAGGGGCGACAUCGGUUUGAGAGGCACGAGAGGUUCGACAAGUGGCAGCAGCUGAUGGAGCAAGGAGGGUUUUGUUGCGUCGGAGUUAGUGAAAGAGAGCUGUUUCAAGGGCAGAUGAUGUUGAAGAUGUACUCUUCUAAUCACAAUUAUAGGGCGGAAGUGCAGCAAGGGUCCUCCUCCUCCUCGUCCUCGUCACUGACCCUGAGCUGGUCGGAUCAGCCUCUUUACGCAGUGUCAGCGUGGGCUCCGGUUAAUGGUGGUGGAGGCUCGUCGUCGUCUUUGCCUCGUUGAUUGUGGUCGUUGUCAUCAGACAUUAUUUUGAACAGAAACAGAUACGAUCUAUUCUUUGUAGGUAGAGAUGUGGUAUUGAUCAUUCUUUCAUUCGUUGCAGUUGCAGAUAUCAUUUGUUUUGAGGUGUAGUCAUGAGAUAUACCUGUAAUUUCAUAAAUAGGUUUGUAGUUGUCUUUGGUUUAUAUAGUCUUUGAUUGUUUUCUGUGUCUGUUGCGUUUAGUGAUCGAUGUAUUUUCUUAAUUUCAAGAUUAUUGAAGUUGUGUCAUAUGUAAUACUAGCUAGUAUGAAUUAUAUGAUUAAUGAACAAGUUCUAUGUUGGUUUCUUCA